CACCAUCCCACCCCCAGAAGAUGCCACCGUCCCUCCCUGCCACCAUCAACAUCCGGGAGCCCCGCUGGGACCAGAGCACCUUCCAGGGCCGGGCCAAGCACUUCUUCAUGGUGACCGACCCCCGAAACCUGCUGCUCUCGGGGGCCACGCUGGAGGAGGCCCGCCGGGUGGUGGAGGACUACAGGGCGGGCACAGUACCCCCGGGGUUGACAGAGGACCAGCUUUGGCGGGCGAAGUACAUCUACGAUUCAGCUUUCCACCCUGACACGGGCGAGAAGAUGCUCCUCGUGGGACGAAUGUCUGCCCAGGUCCCCAUGAACAUGACCAUCACCGGUUGCAUGUUGACCUUCUACAGGACCACGCCGGCCGUGCUGUUCUGGCAGUGGGUCAACCAGUCCUUCAAUGCCAUCGUCAACUACACCAACCGCAGCGGGGAUGCACCCAUCACCCCUAGCCAGCUGGGGACAGCCUACGUGAGCGCGACCACAGGGGCAGUUGUCACGGCGCUGGGGCUCAAAUCUCUCACCAAGCACUUGCCAGCCAUCAUCGGCCGGUACGUGCCUUUCGCGGCUGUGGCUGCUGCCAACUGCAUCAACAUCCCGCUGAUGAGGCAGAGAGAGCUCAAGGUGGGGAUCCCCGUCACCGAUCAGAAUGGAAACCGCCUGGGCGAGUCCACAGCUGCAGCCCAGAAGGCCAUUUUCCAGGUGGUGGUGUCCCGCAUCGGCAUGGCAGCCCCGGCCAUGGCCAUCCCCCCGGUGAUCAUGAACGCGCUGGAGAAGAGAGCUUUCCUGAAGCGGUACCCGUAUCUGAACGCUCCCCUGCAGGUCGGCCUGGUGGGACUCUGCCUGGUGUUUGCGACCCCGCUGUGCUGUGCGCUCUUCCCGCAGAAAAGCUCAAUGGCCGUGAGCCGCCUGGAGCCUGAAGUCCAAGCUCGGAUCCGCGAGAAAGACCCGUGGCUGGAGACUGUCUACUUCAACAAAGGGCUCUGAACGGCGGGCUCGGGGCGCCCGGGGCAGCUGAGAUGCGUGCCGCAGAGCCGCCGGGCCAGCACAUUGCUGAGCUUCGCCCCUCGGAUCCCUUCGGGGCCGCCGCUGCUUUCCCUUGGCCAUCGCGUUUCCGGAGGUCACGGAGGUCCCAGGCGCUCAGCCCUGCUUCCCGGGAUGCCCGCAGCCACGCAGCACCGCACUGCGCCGAGCCCCGUCCCCACGCCUGGGCUCAGCCCCGC